UGGAACAGCAACACUUAGAGGACAAUAUGCUCUUUUUUUUUUUUUUUUUUUUUUCCAUCUUGGGCCCGGCAGAAUGGCUCCCACAAAGAAGGGUGGUGAGAAGAAGGGCCAUUCUGCCAUCAACGAGGUGGUGAUCCGAGAAUACACCAUCAACAUUCAAAAGCGCAUCCAUGGAGUAGGCUUUAAGAAGCCGGCCCCUUGUGCACUCAAAGAGAUCUGGAAGCUCGCCAUGAAGGAGAUGGGGACUCCAGAUGCGCCCAUCGAUACCAGGCUCAACAAAGCCGUCUGGGCCAAAGGAAUAGGGAAUGUCCCCUAUCGGAUCCGUGUGCGCUUGUCCAGGAAACGCAAUGAGGAUGGAGACUCACCAAACAAGCUCUAUACUCUGGUGACCUAUGUUCCGGUCACCACGUUCAAAAAUCUACAGUCAGUCAAUGUGGAUGAGAACUAG